AUGGCCGAGGGCACGUCGCCGACGUGGCCGACGCCGCCGCGGACCCUGCAGUGGGUCGUGACCGUCAUGGCCGUCCUCGCCCUGGUGGUCGUGCUGUCCCUGGCGUGUCUGAUUGCCUACAGCCUUUUCAUCGACAGGAUGCAUAUACCCAACGACCUGUACGAGAUCCUGGCGGCUUGCAUCAACUCCGCCGUGACGGGGGUCUUCGCCUGCCAGGUGUCCACCCUGUGGGCGCUUGGCGCCGACCUCCGCGCAGACGUGGUUCACCUCGUGGCGGAGGCAGAGGGCCAGGAUGAGAGCCAGGACGAGCGCUCCCGGGUCGACGCGUGCCGGUGGCGUGGGCUGCGGGUCCGACAGAUACUCCUGCACGAUUUGAAGGCGUGCAUGUGCGCUGCGUACGGCGUGCAGAUUGUCGCCUUCGUCCUGGGCGACAUGGUGGACUCGGCCUUCUCGCUGUACACCAACCUGUCGGUGGCUUUCGCGUCCACCCAGUGCGUGGCGGACACACUCUGGGCCGUGGUCAUAGCCUUGCGCCUGGUGCUCAUCUUCGUUCUUUGCCAGUGGGUCAGCGAGGAGCACGAAACUUUGUCCCACAUAUUCAACAGCUUUCAGGCGGGCACCUGUAAUCUCCCGCGAAAAGAAGCGCAGGAGGUAAAAGGGUGCAUUCUUCAAUUUUGCGUGGUUGACCACACCUUUACUGCUGCCGGCAUGCUUCCCAUGGACCUAAACAGCAUGAAAGCGGCCAUUCUGGUCAUCAUCAGCAACUGCAUCGUCCUUGCCCAGUUUGAUCGGGCUACGUGCAGUCUUAUUGAGCUCCCCAUCAAAUCCUGACACGUAGAAGAGAGAAGGUUAAAUCCUACAUCUUCCGAGUGUCAAAAAUCUGCGGUCUUCGGGCAGAUGUGCCCUAUUAACAGGAUCUCUUCUGAGUUUGGAGGAAUUCAUUGGUGGAGCCGCUUCUCAAUUGUAGCAUUCCUCUUUCAGCCGAGGCCAUUUCAUGAAAGUUACUGUG